GAUCCUGACGUCACUAUAAUUUAGUAUAAAAGAGGUCAGACCAGCAGUCACCUGACUCUUUGCUGUUGGGCCAGUCUUCAGGGAGCUCACCUACGCACAACAGAUUCAAGGCCUAGGCAUUGUUGGUCUUACUUAAGGAGACACAUAGCCAUCCCAGUCCUAUCGUUCGACGAUAACAACGCAGCUCCAGGAAACGUAGUGAAGAUGGAGUGCCAGUGGGAUGAAUGCUUCGAUGCUGCCGUGGAGGUGGCGAGGAAAGGAGGGGAGGAAAUCAAAAGUGCCUUCAGCGGUGAAAAAAGUAUCCAGACCAAGUCCAGCGCCACUGAUCUGGUCACAGAGACAGACGGAAAGGUGGAGAAGAUGAUCAUCUCCACACUGAGUGGAAAAUUUCCAUCUCACAGUUUCAUCGGUGAGGAGUCUGCAGGUAAUAAAGUGGAGCUGACAGACAACCCCACCUGGAUCAUCGACCCUUUGGACGGUACCAUGAACUUUGUACACGGGUUCCCGUUUGUGGCAGUGUCAAUAGCGCUGUCGGUAAAGAAGGAGGUUGUGGUUGGUGUUGUUUACAAUGCCAUUCUGGACCAGAUGUUCACAGCACAACCAGGGAAGGGCGCCUUCAUGAAUGGGAAACCUAUCCAUGUAUCUGGACAAGAAGAUGUCAAGAAGUCCAUGCUUAUUGCAGAACUUGGGAAAAGUAGAGCUAAAGACAAGGUGGACAAGGUCUUCAGUAAUCUGGGGGCGUUCUACAACGAGGACAAGUCGAUCCAUGCGUGCAGAGUGCUUGGUUCUCCAGCUCUGGACAUGUGCCAGGUAGCGAGCGGUGGUGGAGACGCGUGCUACUUAUUUGGGGAGUACGGAAUCCACGUGUGGGACAUCGCGGCAGGAGCACUUAUUGUUAGGGAAGCCGGGGGAGUGGUUUUGGACACCACAGGAGGACCAUUUGACAUGAUGUCCAGACGUGUCCUGUGUGCCAGUAGUGAGAAACUGGCCAGGACGAUAGCAGAAGGGCUGACACAGAUGGACUAAUUCAAUAGUCACCGUUUCGAGUUGCCCAUAUCUUGAAAAAAAUCUUCACAUUGUAGUAUUGUUCUCAGCAAAUCUGGCAACUUUAUCAUUUUAGUUAAAGGUGGAUGUGAUGUGUUUGCUGUGCAUAUUUAGACACUCAAGAUACACGUUAUUUCUUUCACUAGCAUACACGUUUAUCUGGGUUGGUAGAUCACGUUAUGGAACAAUCAAACUGUUGUAUCGAAAAUGCCUACGUCGCCAAUUUUUUUUAGUUGGAGAACAGCUUUAUUGUUCCAUGAAAUACAGGUGUAUUUAGAUGCCAUGACUAACAUGACAAAGAUACAGAAAUUUAGAUGUUAUUGUAUGUGUGUGAGGGUGUUUUUGUGGGUGUGUGGUUGUGUUUAAAGCGACUUUUAGUAUAUACAGUCUUGGAGUUGACAAAUUGCUGAUAGCGCGUAAAAGUUUGUAGUACGUGCCUUAGUUUCUACUAAGUUCCACAUGUAAGUGUUGUGUGCGAUACUGUAGCUAUAACGUUACGUGCAUACUGACAUGCAUGAGUCGUCAGUAGCUGAUUUUCUAGAUUUCCAAGAUGUAUAAAGAAGUAAGUGACAAUAUUAUAUAUCUGAAUCUGUGAAUUAGAAAAAGUGAAUGCUGAAAGUAUUUUGUUGUGAAUUCUGUGCCAGAGGAAAGAUCGGCUAUUGUUAGAAAUCUAUUGUACGCUCGUAUCGGUACGUUUCACUAUCAGGAGACAUUUUGCUUCCUCGUGUUCUAUUGUGUCUAUGAAAUUAAUGUCUGUAUGGAUACAUGUAUAUAACUUCAGUAAGCAAGGUUUGUAACCGGUUUGUAGAAAUAAAACUUGACGGAACUUC